CGCCUGCGCAGAGGAGGGCGGUUGUGGGCGGAAGCGGCGGCGGGCGCGGGUCACGGCAGGGCCGGUUGGUGCCUCCGUCACCUCCGUGCCCUCUGUCCCUCCGGCCCCGCCGCGGGGCGCCGGAGCCAUGGCGGAGCCCGGGCGGCCGCAGCGGAAGCUGUCCCGGGUCGGGGAGAGCCUGUACCGCGUCCUGGGCCUGCAGAAGGGCAGCUCCCCCGAGGAGAUCAAGAAGGCCUACCGGAGGCUGGCGCUCAAAUACCACCCAGACAAAAACCCCGAUGACCCGGCGGCGGCCGAGCGCUUCAAGGAGAUCAACAGCGCGCACGCCACGCUGAGCGACGAGGACAAGCGCCGCCUCUACGACCAGUACGGCUCCCUGGGGCUCUACGUGGCCGAGCAGUUCGGCGACGAUGCUGUCAAGCACUACUUCCUCAUGUCCAAGUGGUGGUUCCAGGCUCUGGCUCUGUGCUGCGGAGCUCUCACCUGCUGCUGCUGCUGCUGUUGCUGCUUCUUCUGCUGCGGGGCGUGCAGCCCGCCGAAGGAAGACGAGUCCUACAAGUACGUCGACCCCAAGGACCUGGAGGCGCAGAUGCAUGCAGAGGACAGGGCUUCACAGAUACCUGUUGUGAUGCAGCCCCCACCUGCCAGUGUGGAGCCCUUGCCAGCUGUCAGCACCAGUGCCUGAGGCUGCCCUCGGUUCUGCUGGCUCCCCAGGACUCUGGGAAGAGAUCCUCCUUUGGGACUGUCACUUUCCAGGACCUCGGUCAUGCCACCCGGCGUGGCUCUCCGGCCUUAGGGUGGUUAGAAUCUCAGGUUAAUUUGGCCAGCAUCAAUGCAGAGGCUCUUCUGCCCCUGCUUGAGCUCCAGGGCGAUGCCCCUGUCUCCCAGCACUGGUGGUGGAGGUGGCCUGGAGCCCAUCCCCAGUGCCUCGCUGGCUGCUAGUCCAAGCAGCUGCGAGUGGAGGCUUCUCCAGGCCAGGCUCCACAGCCGGGCACGUCUGAGACCGUUAGCACUGUAAUGUCUGGGCCUGGGCUGAGCCCCCCACCUGCCCUCACAGGGACCCUCCUGAUGGGUGCUGGGUGCCAAACGCUGCUCAUGGGGUUAGGGUGCUGCCUUCUGUGCCCCCUUCCUCUGCCCUGCCACAGCUCCGGGGCACUGGCUGCACCCCAUGCUCACUGCUGCUGGCAGGCUCCCUGCAGGGCUGGGCCCCGAUCAGGCACUUUCCUUGGGUUUGUAUAGGUUUUAUGCACCAUUAAAGUAUGACAGGAGGGGA